AUAAUUGAUAAACAAACAGAACAGAGUCGCCGAUAGAGAGAAAGAGUGGAAGAUGGGUACAACAGACGAGGUCGCAGGAUCGGCUCCAAAGAUAGUGUGGAACGAAGCGAAGCAGAGGUUCGAGUCAGAGGACCAGAAAGCCUACAUAGACUACGUUCUCAGAGAAAAGGGGAAAGUGAUGGACUUGGUUCACACCUAUGUCCCAUCUUCCAAGAGAGGCUUGGGCUUGGCCUCCCAUCUCUGCGUUGCCGCCUUCAACCACGCCAAAGCCAACUCCAUGUCCGUCAUCCCCACCUGUUCUUACGUCUCUGACACUUUUCUCCCGAAGAACCCUUCAUGGAAUUCUCUCCUGUACUCCCCUGAGACGAAGUCUAGUAUAUAGAGCUAGAAACUACUCUGUAAUAAACUGUACUUCUAGUGAGAAAUCACUGAAAUGUGUGUAAGCUUGAACAGGGAAAACGUUCCUCUGCUCCUCUUUUUUAACGUCCGAUGCUUGUUCAAGCCAACAGAUAUAAACGUAGAAUAUUUUAUGGUUUGAUUA